AUGGGAGCACGUGAGGAAGUGGUGAUCGAUGGCGACUCGACGGAAGACGAGGACGAAGAGGUACGUAUCAUCACGCCCGAGUCGCGCAAACGCCGUCGCCGCUCGAACGUUCUGAUGGACCAGGAGGAAGACGGAGACGGAGCUGAGGACGACAACGGAGAAGCGAGUGGACAGCGCGUUCAAGAGCGAAAAGAAGCGGCCAAUGGGGUGUCGGUCGCCCUACGACGUCAGCAGCAGCUGUUGCUGGGCAGAGAAGGGGUCAUGUCUCAGCCCAUGACGCUGCGUACACCGACGCCGACGCGUCGUUCACGUCGGAACCUGCAGCAGCUCUCGAUAUCGACGGCUGUGGCUCGUGGGGAUCGUGAUCGACGUCAGCGACAAGAAGAAGGCAAGCACGAUGAUGACAAGGGAAGUUUUUGCAUUGUGUCGCCGCCGUCUACUCGCUUCGUGACGAAUAGGGACAGCAGUACGUGUGAAGAUGAACGUGUUGUGAUCGAGGACAAUGACGAGACAUUUGAGCGGGCUCGGACACAGCAGGAUAAGCAGCAAGAUGUAGAGACCAACCGGUUGGUGGACGCUGACGGGUCAUCGUCCGCAUCGAGACGUAGCUCGAGAAUCCAACACAAGCGCCCGGUGAAGGAGGUGAAGCUAGGCAGCACGAGGAAACUGGAUUAUCCGGUGCUGGACAAUUGUCUGGACGAGCUACAAUGUUCAGGAUCGCACUGUAGAAGUGGAGACGAUGAUGUUGUUGUUGACGAUGAUGACGAUAGUGAUGGCUGUGAGGGGUCUGAACACGGGGAUACGGUAGAACCGUCAGUUCAGAGAAGACGGCUGUCUCUGCUACGUGAGGGAGAGCGGGAUCUCUGCGAAAAGGUGUACGCGGAUGGAGGAGAGGAUGUGGAUGAUUUCAUUUGUAACGACGACGAGAUUGAGUACAUGGACGACGAUGAGGAAGGUGUGAUUAGUGUGGAGACGUCGGAUGACGAGGUAGAAGAUGAAACGGAGGGGCUGGCAGCCAUGCUGGCGGUGGGACGCUCCCGCGAGAUAAGCGAAUGGUUCACUAUCUACCUGGAGUAUCUGGAGGAGUGCGUUAUCGAUCCAGACUUCGAAGCUAAAAUGCAUCACAAACGGUCCAAGGCGAAGCACCAGCUAUACGGCCAGGCUGUUGAUCGUAUUGAGCGUAAGCUAUGCGCAUGCCGAGACACCGUUCGAUCAGGUGUGGCAUGGCCUGAAACUAUGGUAGAUGCACUGAAGCAUGCUUCGCAAUUCCGUUCCAGUCGUGCAUCUGCGGAACAGGACUGUGACGCCUGCAACCGUCGCCAGCAUGUUGCUACCUGUCAUGUAGAACUAGCCGGUGUGGCCUGUGAUGCGACGAAGCUUUACGGACGUGAUUGGAUGCGUCAUCUUAUGAAAUCAAAGCCGGACGCACCCUCUGUGUAUGCAGCUUUCGAAAUGGGUGGCGUGUGUCAUGCACGCACUUUGGCGUAUUGGCAAUUACUGCAUGCCAAGCAGUUUUGGUGUAUCUUGGUCGACGCAAAGCUGCGUGAGUGUGCAGAUAAUACGGGACGGAUCGCUGAGCAGUACCGCAACGACUUCUUUACGCGAGAGUUUGGUCGGUACAAGAAGUUGAUGAGCGUUGUGGAAAAGUUUGCUGAAGACUCGAAACAAAUUGGCGUUUCGAUGACGAACGUAUGGCAGAGGAUUACCCCACGCAAGGUGACCAGUAAAUUUCUUCCGAUUUCGUCCAGAGUGUCAUCACACCGAAAGCCAGAACCUCGUCGAGGUACGCUCGAUGCAUUUGUCGCCGAUAGUGAAGAAGAGGACGUGGAAGAUGAAGAGGCAGUAAUGGACAAGCAGGAAGAGAGGAGACGUGCAGUUGCUGGCGGAAAGCAUGAUGUUGAUCAGGCCACGGACGAUGAGCAGAAGGAGGCAAUUAAGAGCACGCCGCUUGGGAUAUCACACAAGGAAGGUAACAACGGGCAACAGCAUCAGCUUUCGUCUAUUGGACAAGUUAAAAAUGAACACCUGGUCGAGAAGGACAUCGACGAUCUCAUGUGCUUGGUGUGUGACGCAAGCCCACGCAACGCGGGGGUCGUGCACGGUCUAUAUCUUCAUGUGUAUUGUUGCUACGCCUGUGGGAAGCACCAAUAUCGUAUGAAAUCUGGCUGCAUGGUUUGCGACCGACCCAUCGACCGCGUACUUCGGCUGCUUCCGCUCACGUUGGACGCGCGAAACGCUAUUCGGAAUCAGAAGAAGUUGUCGAGCUAG